AUGAUCAUCUCGAAGCAGAAUCGCCGCACUAUCUACAUGGCCCUCUUCCAGGAGGGCGUGCUUGUCGCUCCCAAGAACUUUGAGAUUAAGCACCCUAACCUGGACGUGCCCAACCUCGAGGUGAUCAAGGCCUUGCAGUCGCUCGACUCGAAGGGCUACGUGCACACGCAGUUCAGCUGGCAGUGGUUCUACUACGUGCUCACCGACGAGGGUCUCGAGUACCUCCGUGAGUACCUGCACCUGCCCUCGGAGAUUGUGCCCAACACGCACAAGCAGCCCGCCCGCCCUCAGCGCGCUCUGAUGGGUGACCGCGACGGCUUCCGCGGCCGUGGUGGUGGUGACCGUGAGUACCGCCGCCGUGGUGACUUUGACAAGAAGGACGGCGCGCCCAGCGGUGACUUCCGCCCUCGCUUCGGUCGCCGCGAGUAA